AGCAGGUCGAGUAUUUCGUUCUCGCGGUCUCGCGGUUCCUGCUCGUUCCAUUCGAUUCGGCCGGUGGUGAGGUUAGACACGUGGUUCAUUCGUGGUCUAUCGUCGAUUCUUCCCGAUUAUUUCCCGUUCGUCGAUCGACGAUCGUCGUCCUUUUGCGUUUCGCGAUUCUUACCGUGUGUACGAAUAAACCGUGGAAAUGUCGUUUCGUGGUCGUGGAGGUGGCGGUGGAUUUGGUCGUGGAAGAAGGGACGGCAGAGGAUUCAGAGGAGGACGCGGAGGCGGCGACAGGGGCAGCAGAGGGUUUGACCAAGGACCGCCGGAACGAGUGACUCCCCUCGGUCGUUUCACGUGGACGGUCCAGGACGACUUGGUCGCUAAGGUGGAAAUUGAGCAGAUACCUUUUUUCAAUGCUCCCAUUUAUACGGAGGCUAAGCGACAAAUAGGGAAGAUCGACGAGAUUUUUGGAAACAUAAGAGAUUACUACGUGUCUAUAAAACUCUCGGAGAACGUCAAGGCAGCUAGUUUCCAAAAGGAUGUUCAGCUCUUCAUAGAUCCAGCCAAGUUGUUGCCGCUGCAAAGGUUCCUCCCGAAACCUCCCGGAUCCAAGGUGCAAAAGAGAGGAAGAGGAGACGGUGGUGGACGAGGAAGAGGAUCCAGAGGAGGCCCUGGUGGUGGACGUGGCCGAGGUGGCGACGGAAGACCGCCGUCGUUCGGAAGAGGACACGGCGGCUUUGGAAACAGAGGUGGCGGUUUUGGGAACAGAGGUGGCGGUGGUGGUUUCAGAGGACGCGGAUUUGGACGUAGUGACGGCGGUCGUGGAAGAAAAUGAUGGACCGAUGGAACGUGUCGUUUUUCUCUGUAAAGGCGGUGAAUCGAGACUGGGAUCUUCUCCGCGGAUCCGACCUUGGAUUUCUCUGUGUGUCUGUGUGUGUGUGUGCGUGUGCGUGUGCGUGUGCGUGUGUCGUGAGAACAACGAGCGAUUUAUAUUUCAU